AUGCCAAAGGACAAGAAGAAGGAGGAAGCGACCGAGGUGGAGCACGUCGACCGCAACAUUUCCUCGUUUUCGCAAAUUUCACAUUUGAGUGGGUCUAUUAUAUUUUUUGAUGAAAAGUUGUUUAUCAAACAACAAACACACCGUCUUUUUUUUCAUUUCGAAUGGAAUCUCUCCGAUUCCCUUAAAAGUGCAUGUAAUUUGUCAAUUUCGCAAUUUUUUUAACGUUCGCACGGUCUCGCACGGCGCGAAUGAUUUCAAUGGGGCGCACUUGCAACAGGCGGGCUGUGUCGAUUUACGCGGCGGCCGAUUAAUUAAUUUUCAACGGGAGUUCGCGUUCUUUCCAUGUUUUCUGUACAAUACACCUAUUUUUUGUACGCUUGGAGCCUGGAUUCGAAUAAUUAGAGCACUAGCUACGUUUUGGUAACAGAAAUCUCACAUAUCGUUGAGAAUUAGCCGAGUUAUUUCGAUUUGAAGGUUUUGGCCUGGAUUUUGAUGUUUUUCGAAUAGUUUUCGAAAACUGCUCAAGAAAACUAACCGCCGUAACCUGAAUUUUGUGAAGAAAAAUGCAGCGAACAUUUUUAUUUUUCGUUGGGCUCAUGAAAUGCAAAAUGAGCUGAAAUAUAAAGGUUUGAAGUUUUGACGAAAUGUGAAAGACGCUAAAAACAUGAAAAACUCUAAAUUCUGUAAAGAACGGUUUUCAAUCAGUAAAAUAUUGUUUUCUAGACGUUUUUCAAGUCAAAAAGAAAGAAAUAAAGGUCGUAAACUCGAAUUGAACUGCAUUUUUAGACCUGCAAAUUUUCAAAAGUUACAACGACACUCCGCAAUUUACGAGCGCACUGUGUUUAGCAUUAGCGCCCCCUGGGAGACCGUGCAAUGAAACGCUCUUUCUCGUGCCGGCUCUUUUGCAAAGGAAUUCACCGAAAUCGAUGCUGUCCGUGCGCAUCGAAAAUCUUGUUUUUCAGUGCUAAUUUUGAAGGUGCGAGUUGUCCCGAGAAAAUUGAGAAAGAAACGAUUUUCAGUUCAAAAAGUUGAUUCCGAGUCGCAGUAAAAUUCGCUUGCGCAUUGGAAAACGGGGGGCGUCGUGGUCUAUGGGAACAUUUUGGGCGUUUUUUUUUAAAUUGUAAAAAUGUACGUUUUGCAGUCGACGCCGAAAUCAUCACUCGCCUCACUUUGAGCCAUAAUAAGCUCACUUCGGUGCCGCCAAACAUUGCGGAUUUGGUCAGUUUGCAGGUAAGAUUUAUUUAUGAGCACCUCGAGAUCCAAUGGUUAUUUUGAAAAGUGGUCAACUGAAAAGUUGUUGCAAAUUUUGUGCUGAACAAUUUUGUAGUUGGUCAUUUUAGCCCAAAAUCCUUGAUUCUCAAGUUAUUGUCUUGUUUCUAAAGCGUAAGAGUUACCAGCAAGGAAUAGUACUCUACGCAGCCGUAACACAAAAAACGAACAAUUUCCUUUCAGUCGCUGAACCUGUGGAAUAACCAGAUCGAAGAGCUGCCGCCAUCAAUUUCCUCGCUUCCGAAACUGCGAAUUCUCAACGUCGGCAUGAACAAACUAUCGAUUUUACCGCGUGGAUUCGGCUCGUUUCCGGAACUCGAAAUUCUCGAUUUGACCUACAACAAUUUGAGCGAACGCUCGCUUCCCGGCAACUUUUUCUUCAUGCGUAAGUCACGCGUUCGAUUGAAAAUGAAAGAGAAUGUUUGCAGAAACGUUGCGCGCUCUGUAUUUGGGCGACAAUGACUUUGAAAUGCUGCCCGGAGACGUGGAAAAUCUGCAGAAUCUGCAAAUUCUCGUUCUCCGCGAAAACGACCUGCUCACGCUGCCCAGAGAACUCGGAAAGCUCACCCGUCUUCGCGAACUUCACAUUCAAGGUGAGCACAAUUUUUGGUUUUUUUUUUCUAGUAGCCGUGAAUGUUAUUGACAUUCUAUGCACAUUUUCUAUGCAUUGAAUUUCGAAGAUUGAGAAAUCGAUCAGAAAUUCAUGAGAAAUGAGCGGCAGAUGUUGGAAUUUUUGAUUUCCGAGCCGUGUUCGAAUGUGGAAACACUAAAUGUUCUUCCAGGAAACCGUCUCGCCAUGAUUCCGCCAGAGCUCGGGAACCUGGAGCUCGUCGGCUCGAAACAAGUGCUCCGGAUCGAGCACAAUCCAUGGAUUCCACGUCUUCAGGUUCGCAACUCGUUUUUCACUUUCUCACUGAAAAAUAAUCUAGUCAAUGAUAAAUAGCACCUUUUUUGAUGACUGAUAAGCCCCGCUUUCCGGGUUUUUGUGUGUGUUUACCCUGUGCUUUCAUCGGCUACAGUUUAGAGGCUAGAACAAUUGCAGAAGAAUUGUGGGAGCUUCAGGGUGCUCAACGCCACGAAGCUGAUGAAUACAAUCGAAGAGCACCCAGAAACUGCUUUGAAAUAGCCUUAGUUGCGAAACUUGAUAGUUGCCAAAACUGUUUUAGUCGCGAAACGAAGAGGUCUCAAUCAAUUAAAACCCCAAGAAUCCCAAAAACUGUGAAAAAUCGCAAUAUUUGCAGGAACAAUUCGAGGCGAACGGAGCGGCCGGAGUGUGGGCUCACAUCAGAACCGACGAUUACCGUUACUGGUUCGGCCGUCAGGAGCCCUCUUCGACGCCGGUGCCGCCGAAACGCAACAAGGAGAAGAAGGUGUCGCGGAAGGGAAUUCCACAGAACUAA